UCCUAGACCUUAUAAUACCUCCCUCCGCCCUAAAUUCAACUCAUAAAUUGAAAAAAUUUGCUCGCGCCACCACCAACUCGCUCCCACUCGGUUAACUUUUUCUCUCACUUUCUCGGAAAAUCUUCUCUUUUUCUACUAAUAUUUCUUGCUCUUUUGCUGUCACUUUCUUGGGAAAAAAAUGUCUCAUGAGAUGGGGAAGUGCCAGAAAAUUCGUCGCAUUGUCCGAAUCCGACAAAUGCUUAAGCAGUGGCGAAGGAAGGCAAGCGUAAAGGCCAGCAACAACAACAACAGACACACACCGUCCGAUGUUCCUGCUGGACACGUGGCGGUCUGCGUGGGCACAAGUCUGAAGAGAUUCAUCGUACGCGCGACGUACCUUAACCACCCAAUCUUCAAAAAACUCCUCGUACAAACAGAAGAAGAGUACGGCUUCAACAACGUAGGGCCGUUAACCAUCCCAUGCGAGGAGUCGGUCUUCGAAGAAAUUCUCCGAGUCGUGUCCCGAUCUGACUCAUCAUCAAACUCAGGCCGUUUCUCUACUUUCGAGGAUCUUCAGAGAUGCUGCCACGUUGGCCUGAAGAAUAAACUCCGGUUUUUCAGCGAAUCACAACCGUUGCUUCAUGGGGUUGCCGGUAAAUCGGUCUACUAAAAGCUCCUGGCUUGUUUAGCUGAGUUACGAGAUGGAAGCCCCAACAGCUAUAUUUUGAAACUGAGUUAUCUAGGUAUUAGUUGUUAAUUAUUUGAAUGAUUAGUGGGUAAAUUUUAAGCUAGUUUAAUUUUUAGCGUUAUGAUUAUAUACAUAUGUAAAUCCAGUGCACUAAUUCUAGGAAUUUUAGAGACAUAGUUUCUCAAAGAUUUGUAAUUAAUCAGAUUUUUUUUUUUGGAGCAAUCAUAUCAUAUAAUGUAACAUGGAAAAUUACAGUCAUAUAUGCUUUGUUUAAAUUUGAUUCUUAUCAAUGGCCGUUGAGGCAAAGUGAAAGCAGAGCCAAAUGAGACAAUUAUUAUUAUGUGAAUUGAUAGUUGAAAUUUUACUUUAAUGUAAUGAUAAAAGUGAAAAAGUGUUUAUCAUUUUAGGUUUG